AUGGAAUUUAAGUACCUCUCUUUUCUCCAUUCUUCUUCGUCCAAUUUCAAAUCCUCUUUUCCAGGUACACAAUUCAAUACAAUCAUAAUGUCUUUCGUCACUGCCAUCCGAGCUUCUCGUCAAGCUCUCCGCUCCAAUAUCAUUCCCGCCUCCACCUUCCAUACUUCCGCUGUCCGAAGCUUGAACGAGAACGACCGUCAUCGUGAUAACCUCGCUGAUCACUAUGAAUCUCACAAACAACAAGGUCUGAAGGAGAGCAAGGAAGGCAAGGGCAAAUGGAAGUCCGAGCUGGCUAGUACCAGUGAAGCUGAUGUGAAAGCCGAUCGCGGUGAAUUUGAUGGUGAACACCCUUCUUUCGAGGCCAUGCAGGAGAAGACGAAACAUUUGCCUCAUGAGCAGCAGAAGGCAAAUGAAACCAAGCAAUAA